AUGAUCGAUAUCAAAAGCUCGCCCGAUUAUCUGAAUCGGUCCUCCGGUGGAUCAUUCGGUAACUUUUCAAUGUUAUUUGCUGACUCGUCCUACAAGUCGUCAUGGGGUUCACACAGCUCGACCCAGAGUCAAGGUAAGAACUGUUUGCUAGUUGUCCUACAUACACCACACACCUUGUUGUUGUUACCUUCCCCCGAUCCAUAUCAGAUGUUUGGUCCAACUAGCAGUAGGUUAGCGAGUUCAGGCUCGGGCCAGAUCCAGCUGUGGCAGUUCCUGCUCGAGCUGCUCAGCGACUCCGCCAACGCCACCUGCAUCACCUGGGAGGGCACGAACGGCGAGUUCAAGCUCACCGAUCCAGACGAGGUGGCCAGACGCUGGGGCGAACGGAAGUCCAAGCCGAACAUGAACUACGACAAGCUCAGCCGAGCGUUAAGAUAUUACUACGAUAAGAACAUUAUGACGAAGGUGCACGGCAAGCGGUACGCGUACAAGUUCGACUUCCAGGGGCUGGCGGCCGCGACCCAGCCGCAGACGGACCCGACGUACAAGUACCAGAGCGACCUGUUCAUGUCACCGUACCAUCACGGGGCCAAGCUGAGCUCGUUCAUGAGUCCCCACCACAGCAUGACGUCAUCUUCCGCCUCCAUCUUCCCGUCGGCCGCCUCCUGGGGCAACUGGGGAAGCCCGGCGACGAACCUCUACCCAUCGCACACGAUGAGCCACGUGACGCCGACGCACGUCGCGCCCCAUCUGGGCUCGUAUCCGCACUACGCAUGACCAACGCCAACGACCACGGCCUCCAGUCACCAUCACCAU